GUUUCUCCUUCUUUCUCUCUUCCCUUCAUCAGAAUCAUAAAACAAAACAAUUUUUCAUGAGUAAUGGGAACGUUUCAGAGCUUCAGAAAGGCCUAUGGAGCUCUUAAGGACUCUACCAAGGUUGGCCUUGCCAAAGUCAAUAGCGAAUACAAGGAGUUGGAUAUUGCAAUUGUAAAGGCUACCAAUCAUGUGGAAUAUCCUCCCAAAGAACGCCAUGUUCGAAAAAUAUUCUAUGCGACAUCAGCACACCAACCACGAGCAGAUGUGGCAUAUUGCAUUCAUAAACUUUCCAAGAGGCUUGGCAAGACACGAAGUUGGAUAGUUGCUAUAAAGACAUUGAUAGUAAUUCACAGGACUUUGAGAGAAGGUGAUCCUACCUUCAGAGAAGAGAUUCUAAACUACACACGUAGGGGACAUAUUUUCCAAAUAUCCAAUUUCAAAGAUGACUCAAGCCCUCAAGCUUGGGAUUGUUCAGCUUGGGUUCGAACCUACGCACUAUUCUUAGAAGAAAGACUUGAAUGUUUUAGAAUACUUAAAUAUGACAUCGAAUCUGAGCGUAUAAUCAAAUCAUCACCAGCUGCAACUAAAGGACAUAGUAGAACUCGGUCAGCGGGUGCUGAAGAUCUUUUGGAGCAGCUACCGGCAUUGCAGCAACUUCUAUAUCGUCUAAUCGGUUGUCAGCCUGAAGGAUGUGCUUACAGCAAUUAUCUAGUGCAGUAUGCAUUGGCCCUGGUAUUGAAGGAGAGCUUCAAGAUAUAUUGUGCACUCAAUGAUGGAAUCAUCAAUCUUGUGGACUUGUUCUUCGAUAUGUCAAGACAUGACGCGGUGAAAGCUCUAAAUAUUUAUAAAAGAGCUGGCCAACAGGCUGAAAAUCUAGCUGAAUUUUAUGAGUACUGCAAAGGCUUGGAUCUUGCUAGAAAUUUCCAAUUUCCAAUGCUGAGACAGCCACCUCCCUCUUUCCUUGCCACAAUGGAGGAAUACAUUAGAGAAGCACCCCAAACAGGCUCUGUAAAUAAGAGACUGGAGUAUCAAGAAAAUGAUCAAUCACCGAAAGAAGAAUCAGAAUCCAAUGAACCCGAAGAGCCUCAAGAAAGUGAGAAAGAAGAAGAGGAGGUUAAGGAGGAAGAACCAAUAGCAGAGGAAGAACAACAACCAAAGGAAGAGGAGGAGGUUGAGCCUCCUCCUUUGAUAUCAACUGAUGAUACAGAUUUGCUGGGUCUAAAUGAAAUAAAUCCAAAAGCUGCAGAACUGGAGCAAAACAAUGCUAUGGCCCUUGCAAUCUUACCACCUGAUGGCCAUAAUCCAAACAAUCUUGCUUUAAGUAGCAUUGGUGGGACAACUGGUUGGGAGCUUGCACUCGUCACAGCACCAAGUAACCACACCAAUCAAGCACCAGAUCGCAAAAUGGCUGGUGGUUUUGACAAGCUAUUACUAGACAGUUUGUAUGAAGAUGAUAAUGCAAGGAGACAACAUCAACUCCAAAUGGCUGGUUAUGGACAUGGGGGAGUGCCUGUGGAAAAUCCAUUUGAUCAUUAUAAUCAGCAGCAUGAUCCAUUUGCAAUGUCCUCCAACAUAGCACCUCCAACCAAUGUGCAAUUAGCAUUACUGGCACAACAACAGCAACAACACCAAAUGAUGUACCAGCAGCCUCAACAACAACAACAACACAUGAUGUUCCAACCACAACAUCACAACAUGAUGAUGGUCCCUCACCCACAACAUACCCAAUACCCUCACCAGAUGCAGAGUGGGGAUCCUAACAAUCCUUUUGGAGAUCCCUUACCUGUGCCUAGCUAUCCUCACAGUUCCUUGCCUCAACAAGGAAAUUACAAUUUAAUGUAGAGUUCAUUUUUUCUACUUAAACCUACCUACCCUCUCAUCUUCAAAGCUUCCCACACCAAACAGAAAGUUUUCUUUUGUUUUCCUGUGUAGCAUCACCUUCUGUUGAUGAAAUUCUUUAAUUGUUGAACAGUGAACAAGAUAUGUAAUUUUUUUAUUCUUAUUAUCUAGACAAAUAAAUGAAAAAAG